AUGACGCAGAGCUACGGGCAAGAGAAAGAGCGACCCACGUGCCCCCACGACGGCCCGCCCAACCGCUUUGGCAUCAAGCCGGGGUAUCGGUGGGACGGAGUUGUGCGGGGCAACGGGUUCGAAGAGGAGCGCUUAAAGGCGAUGAACCGGCGCAAGUGGGAGGCGCAGGAGGCGCACAUGAACAACACCGCAGAUAUGUGA